AGUGAAAGCUUGUGGAUUGGUCGACUCCACUGGCAAACGCUUGGGGAAUGGAUGAAAUCCAGUAUCGUACUAAUCCAAAAGUAGUCGCUAAUGUGGCGGGUGUUUCGUUCGUGAAUGUCAGUCUGUUUUACAUGUCCUUAGUCGGAACGGUGUUAUGCACACAUUCCGUUGUGCUUUCCGGGUAAAAGCGACGUUAUUAUGAGAAAGUCAGCAGUGGCAAGUCAGAGCUCCCACAAGCGAUUUGUGUCGCCCUUCGUGAGUCACACAGCUGCUCUUGGUUCCUCGGUCCCAAAGGUGCCGAGCUCAGCUACGGCGGAAGAUGUUUCAACAUUCUCGGGGCAAAGUAAAAAACGAAGCAUCAACGACGUCAUGAAGUUACUAAGUCAGGCGACGGAUGACAGCCCGGAGAACUCACCAAAGAAAUAUUGUGUUGAGGAUAAAGUACCACCAGUGGCUGCGGUAGCCAGCGCUGUUGGCACGGCUGCUCUAAACGACACGGCUCGCUGCAACGACGACUCUAGUGGUGAUGCCUCCAGUUGCACCACCGGACCAAUAGGAAACUUGUCACUGGAUGCACAUUACUUCAGUGUUAUGUGGUGUAAGCAGUCCACAAAGAAGCACAAGAAAUGGGAAGGUGAUGGAGUGCUGAUCAUCAAGGGACGAUGUGCCUCCUUGAGGACCUUGGAAGGAAAAGAGAUAGCAACAACUUUUGGCUACAAGGCAUCAGAAGUGAGCAACAUUCAAGAAGGCAGUAUCUUUAAACUGUCAGGAAAGGAAUGCGAGGUUCAGGGUAUCAUUUCCUCUGAAGAAUAUCUAUCUGGUCAGUGCUUUACUGGAAGCACAUCUACUUCUGGGCCCUUGUCUACACGAGACAGCAAUACGGCAUGUCAAGCAGGACGCAGCAUCCCUGCAAUUCCCUUCAAGACACCUCACAUAGGCGAGACUGGUACCGAAUCUGGACAGACUGCACGAAAGUUCCAUGUCCCGAAUGUACCUGUCAUCCAGCCUGAUUCUUUGGUCUUGCCAAGGCCAAGCCACACUCAGCAGGGGAACCAAAACAGAAACCAGCUGCCUGUUACAGAUGUAGUGGUGGAAGCAUCGCUUGCACGUUGUCUGAGGCCACAUCAGAAGGAAGGCCUUGUAUUCCUUUACGAGAGCAUUAUGAACAUGCGUGCUUUCAACGGCAGUGGUGCUAUACUUGCAGAUGAAAUGGGUCUUGGCAAAACAUUGCAAUGCAUUGCACUAAUAUGGACACUUCUUAGACAGGGACCUUAUGGUGGAAAGCCCUGCCUGCGCAAGGUGUUGAUUAUCACACCAAGCAGUCUAGUCAAAAACUGGGUGAAAGAAUUUAAGAAAUGGUUGAUGAACCGCAACCUUCGUGUCUACCACGUCGACCAGAACAACAAAAUAGAAGGUUUCCUGCGGCAGCCCAGCUUGUAUCCAGUGCUAAUACUUUCGUACGAGAUGUGCGUGCGAUGUGCAGAGAGCCUUUCAAACGUGACUUUUGAUCUUCUAGUCUGCGAUGAAGCUCACAGGCUCAAGAAUGCAAACAUCAAGACGACGGCUUGUCUGCAAACCCUGGGAAUUGAUAAGAGAAUUCUCCUUACUGGCACUCCAGUUCAGAAUGACUUGCAAGAAUUUUAUGCUCUCAUCGAUUUUUGCAAUCCAGGAAUUCUAGGCACACCGUCGUCAUUCCGACGCGUGUAUCAAGAGCCUAUUCUACAGUCCAAACUUCCCACUGCCAGUCCAGCGGUGAAAGAACUGGGGGAAGCGCGGACUGAAGAGUUGUCGCGAUUGACUUCCUUGUUCAUACUUCGUCGCACUCAAGAGGUCAUCAAAAGUUAUUUACCUGGAAAAGUGGAGUAUGUGGUGUUUUGCCAACCACAGCCACUUCAGCUGCGUCUGUAUCACGCAUACCUGCAAUCCAAUGCCGUGAGAUCUUGUCUCACCUCCUAUCUGUCCUGCGAUGCAACAUCCCACUUGGCGUGCAUCCUAGCACUGCGCAAGCUCUGCAAUCACCCGUUACUUGUACAGGAGCCCGAUGAGGAAAUUUUAGAACCAUUACAAAUUGACGUACAGAACGUGCUUCCACCAGAUCUCCAGCGUCCUGGCGUUUCUCUGGAACUUCACUCGGGCAAAAUGAGGGUCGUGGCAAAAUUACUCUCUUCUAUGUGGUCUGUGAAGCCUCUUCGGAGAAUAGUGAUAGUGUCCAGCUUCACAAAGACGCUCGACUUGCUGCAACAGCUGUGCUCUCAGAAGAAAUAUCCUGUCGUAAGACUGGACGGUUCAACAUCUUCCGUGCAGCGUAUGGAACUUGUGGACCGCUUCAAUUCACCAUCUUCAGACUGUUUCGUCUUCCUACUAAGCUCAAAAGCUGGAGGCGUGGGUUUAAAUCUGGUAGGAGCCAAUCGGAUUCUCUUGUACGACGUUGACUGGAAUCCUGCAAAUGACCUUCAAGCUAUGGCUAGAGUAUGGAGGGAUGGCCAGGCAAAUGAUGUCUCAGUAUAUCGCCUGCUAACCACUGGCACAGUAGAGGAGAAAAUUUUUCAAAGACAGAUCAUGAAGCAAGAACUCAGCGGCACUGUUCUCGAAAACAAAAAAGAAAAUCAGAAGUUUUCGUCAGAAGAUCUGAAGGACCUGUUUUCACUGGACGAAACAACGGCUUGCUCAACGCACGACUUGUUAGGAUGUCCUUGUCAGCAGGAAAAUAAUCUCCUGCUGGAUGACGCAGAUUUUGAUAUUGACUACGAUACAGAAGGACAAAAGGAGAGCAAACCACAGCCACGCCAGACCUUGCAGCCCAAAGGUUACCCUGUGAAGCUUGGGAAGAAGGUUGGCAUGGAAGAUCUGCUCAAGUGGGAGCAUAUUGCAGCACCCAUCAACCUGAUGCAAACACAGGACCCACACUUGGCUUCAGCCUCUCAGGACAUUACCUUCGUCUUCAGAAAUGUAGUACAAGUGGCCACUACUCCUUCACACACGACCUGCGUUUCUUAAGUGAGCACAGUUGCCGACGGGGAAAUUGGGCACAUGUACAUCUUUGGUUCGUAAUAAUUACAAUAAAGUAUUUUACAUCAGU